AUGGACAUAUGUAUUCUGGAGCCUCCGCCUCAUCUGCACUACCAAUCUGACAGUUUUGGUACCCAGAAUAUUGCCUCACACGUGCCUCAGGGCGAGAUGGAUCAGACCAUGGCGCAAGAUGUUAUAUCUCCAGAUCCUGCACCACCUGCGCUACCCGCAUCACCUGCACCACCUGCACCACCUGCACCACCCGCGUUACCCACAUCACCUGCAGUACCCGCAUCGCCUGCACCAAUGCCACCUGCGCCAAUGCCACCUGCGCCAAUGCCGCCUGCGCCAAUGCCACCUGCACCAAUGCCGCUGACACCUAUGAGGCUGACUCCCUCACCGACUCAGACGCCAGUGAUGUCGAUGCCCUCACCGAUGCAGACACCAGUGAUGCGGACGCCCUUGCCAAUGCCGACACCAGUGAUGCGGACACCCUCGCCAAUGCAGGCACCAGCCUAUCCUGAUUACAGGCAUGGUACGCCUUCUGGUUUACAAAAUUGUGAUAAUUUUGGUGAAGGCAAUGGUGCUGAGCCUGCACAACCUGGUCCGCUACAGUGCCCUACUGCAGGUAGCUUUUUGGAUGGCCCACCAAGUCCCUUGGAGUCAGCAGCAAUUCCGGCACCUCAGGUCAAUGGUGAAGAUCCACUCUGUCGCCUCAUUGAUGUUUGGGAGUUUGAUGCCUUACGCUUGAUGACAAAAUUUCAGCCUGAUCUUAAACUCUUUGUUUGUGAACGGUGUCGGUGCGGUGUAUGGGCAGAUCAACUUGUAGGCCAUAUAAUCAAUAAUCACAAGCAACAUCUAUCGCACAGCGUGAAGAGAACCACUCUAGAAAUCACGAUAAAAGCAGCAAGCCAAAAACUUGGUGCUGCAGAGUAUUCUCAGCGUCCAAUAGUUUUGCCAAAGCGGGUUCUUCCACCUCUUCCUUGGCUACUAGAGCCCGUUCGAGGUUUCCAAUGCCGUCACUGUCCCUACGUGGCUGGAACAUUUGAUUCAGUUGGGGAUCAUGGAAAGAAAACUCAUCCACGUCACGAACUAGGGCCGUGCAUCUCUAAACAAGAUCAACCUGUUUUUGCUCAGCGCCUAUUUUCCAAGAAUCAGUAUUUCGUCGUUCACAUGAUGUUGCAGAACGUAGGCCCCGAUCAUCUUUUUGCGAAGUUCUAUUCUACCCUUUCUGCCCGCUACAUCAAUGGUGCAUUUGUGACAGGCGACUUGUCCGACACUUCGGAUGUUGCAGAACAUUCACCAUUUUUGACAAAUACUGGCUGGGCCGAAGCAACAAAAGGAUAUUCUCUCGCCACAUUGCGAGAUCUUUCUGUCUCCAAAGUUGUCAAACAGGAUAUCGACUGCAUAGCUCGUAUCAAGGGCAUUGGAGCAAAAUACCUCUCCAUGAUUUCCUCUGCAUCAGAGAUUGACCAUGCUCUUUUGGACGAGCUUACCAGCUGGCGCACUCGAUAUCGUCCAUUCCAGAUACUACAGGAAAGGCACUCAGUCGAAGGCUAUGGAGUCCAUUGUGACCGCCUUAUUAUGAUGAUUUUACGCAUAAAGUCCAUUCAGACUGAUUCUGAUGAAGGAACAAGCAGCGAGGCCAGCUCUGACUAUGAGAGCCAUGGAGAAUGCGAGGGCAUUGAAGAAGAUAUCAUCAUCCCAGGGUUGGAUUGGAAUGACAUGGACUUUGCAGAUGGAGAUGGAGAUGAAGACGAAGACGAAGAAGGCGAGAGGGGGCCUAUAUCAUGGCCUGAUGAAGACGGAUCGGAAAAUUUGACUUGCCUGAGCGCCGCAGAUGAUCACCCACCUUACCCCAUCUUCCUGAAUGCUAUUCAGAAGCGACGUGCAAAGAUACUAAGAGAGUCCUGUGCCGAUCCUGACUCGUCUGAAGAACAGCUCAUGGAAGCUUAUCAUUUGCUCCUGUUGUCUGCGUUCACUACUCACACCAACGACAAUCCAAGGCCUCUUCACUCUUUUGUUGAUUCAUUUGUCAUAUCUACCAGCGUUAACGUCCAGGGUCAUUUUGCGUCGCCUCACCUUAUCUCCAGCCAUUUGUCCAAGAUUGUUUAUGUCGGACUUUUCUCUAUCUUAACCGAGGUCAUGAAAUCCCCAGAUCCUUACCAAACGUUCAGGAAGACCAUGAAAGUGUGGAUAGAACCUGCCCUACCUAGACUCCAGUUUGCAGUAUUGGAUGGGCCAGACUUUACAUUUGAUGGCAAGUCGCUGUCUGUAACCUCCAUGACGCGGAUGUACCACAGUGUCUAUCGGGAUAUGGUCCAUAUACUUGAACAAGAUCUUCUAUUUGGAGCAAGCGAUGCUGAUCUGCAUCCUCUCAAGACGCCAAAGGAAAUUACAGACAAUACCCAUGAACGCGUCCUUGGACGCGGCGUGUUGGUUUCAGAAAUGCAGGCAGCAUGGGUCUUGAUGAAGCUUAUUAUGAGCGAUAAAAAGCUCAUGAAGAAGUAUUUUAGCAUCGAUUCCAAUGGACAUCCAGUGCCGCGCAAGGGAGCAUGGGAAGAGUAUUUGGAUAGUAUCGAAGCGUUCAAGGAACACUUCUAUUUUUUAUUCCAUCAGAUUCCGGGAAUGCCGAAACGGGGCGCAGAAGAGAUUCGGGCCAAGAUCGUGGAUACAAGUUUCCGCAGCCGCAACCUUAUGUACCUCUUUCGCCGACUUGCCUGCAUAGGAGAUUACAGCAAAUCAUCUCGAAACUCCGGCAACGACAAGCUCACCCUUCAUUUCAUGGCUCGCCCUCUAGAAAUUGUACUCAGGCGAUUCCAGGCAUCUGUAGCCACCAUUGGCGCAUGGGCUAUUGAUCUUGUUCUUCCUGCGGAGUCCAUCGAUCCCCAUCACCACUGUUAUCUCUUAUCUAGCAAGGGCCAGAGAUGGACGUCUGAACGACUUUCUCGCAUCCUUCAGCAACUCACUAGCAAACACCUUCCCGGUAAGGUCUGCCUCAACAUGAGCUCGUUGAGGCACAUCCUGCCUGGCAUUGCAGAGCAUUACCACAUCUCAGAUGUCCUAACUCCGAGAACUGAUGACGUGUUACACUCUCAGCUUGGCCAUAAUCAAAAUACAGGUGAUCGGAUGUACGCCAGAACGCAUCAAGAUCAUCCUCAGCUAACAAGCACUAUGGCUCACCGAACGAUGAGGUUUUGCGAUCUCUGGCAGGAGCUAUUAGGAUUCAAAGAAGACAUCCCCAACGAAGAUGCUGCCCUCUCCCUCCAGGCGUCUUAUGCUCACCAGCAAUCCUCUUCUAAAAAUACACUUUCAUCCCUGUGGACUCGGAGAAGUAGCCCCAUCGCAGCCUCAAAUCCCGAUAUGACAGUGCCCCCUCAUAACCAUGAUCUUCUUGAGGAGAUUCAAAGUAUGCGGGCUGCUUUAGCCAAGCUGACUCAUAUGGUGUCGUCCAUCUCCCGAGCAGUCCUUCCAUCAGGCACUGCAGCGCCUGCCAUCCAAUUAUCUCGACAGUCUAACUCUGGCAUCGUCCAUUUAACUACUGCCUCGGCCGAUGGUCUGGGCCAAUCUGAUGACCUAGUUAAUACUACUAGUGCAGUUCUUGACGCCAAUAGCCCACCAGCUGAUUAUGAGGUUUCCCAUAACCAGCAACUGGCUAAACGCCGAAGUCUACCAAGCAAUUCUGAAGACGAGGUGGAAGAACGGCCUUUGAAGCGGUUGAGGACCAAUGCACUUGGAGAUGAUCGGGGUCCCUUGGGCAUUGACAGUUUGUCACUUCACACUGAAGAAAGACCUGCCAGCGCCGAUUCUGAGCUAAUGAUACAAUGCCAGGCUCUCCAAGAAGACAUUAGCAAAGUAUACUGCCCUCAGUGCGAUGUCUACCUCUCCGGCUCUGAUUCCGAUAUAGCUACUCAUUUUCAAGACAAAAAACGUCAAGAAGGCAUCAACAGCUGGCAUAUACGCAGUUUCAAGGCUCCUGUUGCAGGGCAAAGGCACGAAAUUUUCAUUCACCGCGCAAGAGACCUCAAAUUUCUGUGUCCUUGCGGUUUUUCAGAUUACGAAAAGCAUGCAAUGCAGGCUCAUCUUGCUUCAAUGCUAUCUAGCUUGUAUCUAGUCAUUCUUCCAUUCAAUACCAUUGAUAGAAGGAGAAAAUUUAAACAACUACAUUUAUGCAAUCCUGACAGUGUGAAUGAUAUUCGUAAGCAUAGACUAGCGGCCAGGAACAAUCACAGACGUACUUUGGCAUACAAUGAGUCUACGACCUUCACAUCGGGGUUGUCAAUAUUUAGGAUAGGCUUACACGUUGUACGAAAUGUGAAGAAAAUAUUUGGAGUUUGA